CAAGGCAGUCUCUCUUCACAAAGACAAUGGCUUCCAUUUCAGCUACCGCCGCUGUUGCUACCAUCAACCGUGCCACCCCCGCUCAAGCUAGCAUGGUGGCGCCGUUCACCGGCCUUAAGUCCGCCGUUGCUUUCCCGGUUACCCGUAAGACCAACGACAUCACCUCACUUCCCAGCAAUGGUGGCAGAGUUCAAUGCAUGAAGGUGUGGCCACCGCUUGGAUUGCAGAAGUUUGAGACUCUCUCAUACCUUCAACCACUUAGCAGAGAGGAAUUGGCCAAGGAAAUAGAGUACCUUAUUCGCUCGAAAUGGGUUCCUUGCUUGGAAUUCGAGUUGGAGCAUCCAUUCGUGUACCGAAAGAACCACGCAUCACCGGGGUACUAUGAUGGGCGUUACUGGGUGAUGUGGAAGCUACCCAUGUUCGGGUGCACGGAUCCAGUGCAGGUAUUGAAGGAGCUUGACGAGUGCGUUAAGGAAUACCCUAGUGCCUUCGUUAGGAUCAUUGGCUUCGACAACGUUCGACAGGUGCAGUGUAUUAGCUUUAUUGCCUACAAGCCAACACCUCCUUGAAGCCUCCAGUUUCUGAUCAUUUCUAUUUCUCUCUCUCGCAAUCUCACUCUGUUGUUUUAGUGUUUUUCCCUUUUCAUUUGAAGAUGUAAUUCCUUUGUCUUAAUUUGUUUGAUCUUCUUAGAUCGAAGUUAUGGAAAGGAAUAUUGUACGAGGAUGAUGAACCUUAUUCUAAAGUUUGUCGGCUAUUUUGUUGGUAAAAAAUAAUGGAUUUCAAAGUUAGUAAUGUAAUUCCCAUUUCGUGAUUAAUUUGAUUCCCAUUGAAUGGA